GCGUCGUGCUGCAGCUGAACUGGAAAUUACUAGCAUCGGAGCAGCGUUUGAAUGCAGCUCUGCCCCUGAAAUCCACAUGGCUAAUGAACUACAACACUGUCUGCUGGUGUCCUCAUUGGUCUGCGCUGCAGCUGAUUCACGGGAUUGGCUGUAAGUAGCUUUUGCUGAAAGGUAAACAUUACAGGAGAGCCUCCUUUAGAGGAGCUGCACUUCUUCUGACAGGCGGCGACGCGUUGGGGAAAUAUGAGCGACACUGUGAGCUGUCAAAACUGUUCAGUGUGAAGUGUGUGUGAGACUUUAGCAGACAUGGUAGAGGUGUUUACCGGGCGGCCACUGCUGAACAAAGACGGGGACUUAGUGGAUCCUGAGGAGGCGCUGAGAAACAAAGUGGUGGGGAUCUACUUUUCUGCAGGAUGGUGUCCUCCUUGUCGCGAUUUUACACCCAUCCUGUGCGAUUUCUACACGGAGCUGGUGGAGGAGAGCGAACCUCCGGCUCAGUUUGAGAUAGUUUUUAUCUCCUCUGACAAGUCGACCGAUGACAUGGUUGAAUAUUAUCACGAUAUGCACGGAGACUGGCUGGCGCUGCCCUGGACGGACGAUUACAAACAUGAGUUAAAGCAGCGCUACAAGAUCACAGCGGUGCCCAAACUGGUGAUCGUGAAGGAGAACGGGGACGUGAUCACAGACAAGGGCAGGAAACAGAUCAGAGACCGAGGCCUGGCCUGCUUCAGGUCCUGGCUCGACGCUGCCGAGAUCUUCCAGAACUUUAAGGGUUAGGAACCAACGACGAGGAACAUGUUGACCCAUGUUCUCACAAGAGCUUCUGCAGCCCCGUUAGAGAGACGGACAAAACCAAAGUUAGAUAUUAAAGAUGUGGUUAAAGGGAAAUCAAAGAGCGAAUUACAUUUCUGUGACACAAAAUCAUGUUUAUCUAUCCUGAUUUUGUCUCUAUUUUUAGCCUUUGCUAGUUGAUUUUGGAUAUAUUUUAAUUUUUAACCCUUUGAAACCUGGAUCUGUAUCAGUUUUCUUGUGCUGAGUUCAA